AUGGUAGCUCGAGGUACUUUUGCUACAUUCAAGCUGAGGUCCAGGUCCAUCGGGAUAGCAGAAAUGUACUCAGUGGAAUAUCUACCUAGACUUAACCAGUUGUCAAUUGAAAUAGUAGGUAACAAACUUGAUGCUGUAACUGGAAUCAAAGUGGAGGAAGGCAAAGAUAUCUCAAUUUCCAUCAAGUCGUUGGACGACCCCGUCAAAGUGAGAUGCCCUAUAGUUAUCACAACUGCAACUCCAACAAGUAUCAAGCUUCAGGGUACAAAACUACUAAUCUGCUUGAAAGUAGACCCACAAGCAGCUUGGCAAAUAACCUCGCAAGCGGCAGGUGAAGAAAGUGGUCCAGAUAAAUGGUCUUGUGGAUGGUUAAACAAACGCACUUCAAAAACUGGAUCAAAAAACGAAUUUCAAUUUACUUGCAGUAAAUGUCAAAGUCCGUUAGUUGAUUCUUUGAGGCAUGUGUUCAAGGAUAUGCCUGGUGACUAUUGGUACGAGCUCAUGGAUUUUUGGCAUUGCCACAAACCAGAUAACAAUCAACCUACUGAUAAAGACUAUGGCAUUUUGACGCCAAAAGACGACAAAACCAUAGUAAUUGGAUCAUUCUACCUCUUGGAGACUGUCAACCUGUCACUACAGCUUAUUAAAGAGAACGGCGUUGCCUUAUACGCAUGUAAAACAUGUCGUCAACCUAUCGGGGAUGAGUUCCAAAGUGUGAUACGCCUUUUCAAGUGGAAAUUGAACCUCGUGUACAUCAAGGAUAAUCAGAGGUUGGUUUCUACGUACGAUCCUUUAUUGUAUGCUGUUAAUUUAUUCAACACCAAGAUGCAGUCACUGGCUGUGAGGAAAUUCGCUAUUAAAGUAAAUCAGGAAACUUUGUGUUGUUGGAUAAUAAACACGGAUAUUGAUGUCACAAUUGAAGGACGAAUUCUUCCCAAAUGUUUGAAAAUUUGGUGGUAUUCCGUGGCCCAAGGUGACAAGAUUGAUAGCAGCUACGAGCAGACGGAAAUACUAUACCAGGAGGUGGUAGACAUACUUUUGGAAACGCUACUAAAUAAUACAAUCAAUUCUAUUGUUGGAAUCAGUACCAUAAACUAUCAAGUUAGUUACAUACCCAGUCUAUUGUUUAAAUGA